UUAAACAGUUUUUGUAAUCUUUUCUUUUCUUUAAAGCACGUUUGCUGAUCAUUCCUGGCAUGGUGGACACACUGCUAUCUGGCCUAACGCCUGCGAGAGUUCGACUAGCUAUUCCAAAGUUUAGAUACGAGUCGACAAUAUACGUCCGAGAUGUUUUGGUCAAGCUAGGCCUGGUCAUGACCACGAGUCCAACUGUGGCUAACUUUACUGGAAUUAAUGAAGAGGAGAAUGUCUUCCUGGAGGAGAUGUUUUACAGGGCUUCAAUCAAUGUUCAAGAGACUGGCUUAGGGGAUGGUGAUCCCGUUGAGGUCAACUCCUGCAUGGCAUUCGCAUCUGCUGCCCCAAAGCAUAAGUUCAUUGUUGAAAAUACAUUCCUGUACUUCCUUCUGGACAAGCAAAGUGGACAGAUCAUCCUUCAAGGGAACUUUGAUUAACUGAGCGUUGGAUGACUACGUCAUGUAACACAGCUACAUAGUGUAACACAGCUACAUAUUGUAACACAGCUACAUAGUGUAACACAGCUACAUAUUGUAACACAGCUACAUAGUGUAACACAGCUACAUAUUGUAACACAGCUACAUAGUGUAACACAGCUACAUAUUGUAACACAGCUACAUAGUGUAACACAGCUACAUAGUGUAACACAGCUAUAUAUUGUAACACAGCAACAUAGUGUAACACAGCUACAUAUUGUAACACAGCUAUAUAUUGUAACACAGCAACAUAGUGUAACACAGCUACAUAGUGUAACACAGCUAUAUAUUGUAACACAGCAACAUAGUGUAACACAGCUACAUAUUGUAACACAGCUAUAUAGUGUAACACAGCUAUAUAUUGUAACACAGCUACAUAGUGUAACACAGCUAUAUAGUGUAACACAGCUACAUAGUGUAACACAGCUACAUAGUGUAACACAGCUACAUAGUGUAACACAGCUACAUAUUGUAACACAGCUACAUAGUGUAACACAGCUACAUAGUGUAACACAGCUACAUAUUGUAACAUAGCUACAUAGUGUAACACAGCUACAUAGUGUAACACAGCUACAUAUUGUAACACAGCUAUAUAUUGUAACACAGCUACAUAGUGUAACACAGCUAUAUAGUGUAACACAGCUACAUAUUGUAACACAGCUACAUAGUGUAACACAGCUACAUAGUGUAACACAGCUAUAUAUUGUAACACAGCUACAUAGUGUAACACAGCUAUAUAUUGUAACACAGCUACAUAUUGUAUCACAGCUACAGUGUAACACAGCUACAUAGUGUAACACAGCUAUAUAUUGUAACAAAGCUACCUAAUGUUAUCCAACGUCUUAGUAUAUCUCAGCUAUAUGAUGUAGACCAGCUCCAUAAUGUAACGCAUACAUAUAUUGUAACCCCGGUUAGAUUAUGUAACCAAUCUUCACGCCUUCUUUAUUUGAUAUUAAUUGACAAUUAUGUUUCCAUAAGUUUUUAGAUUACCUUGUUUUCUUUUCUUUUUAUUAUUUAAUUAUUAUCUUAUUAAAUUAGCUUCUUAUCUAUUGGAUACUUCUGUGUGCUUUAAAGCAUUAACUGUUAUAAUUUAUAUUAUUAGUUACUGUAACGAAGAUGGUUUGCAGGGAAUAUUUCUUAAAUAAAUUG